UCCAAAAUGGCAGCACCCGACGAUAGCAAGAGUGUAAAAGUGAAAGAAACAAAAGAAAAAGACAAUGUUAAAGUUAUCAAAACCCCUGUCGACUUGCAAAGGUUAAAACUUGAAAAACUUAUGAAAAAUCCCACCAAGGAAGUCAUCAUUCCUGAGAGGUCAAAAGAUAAGGCACCCAAAGCUCCUCUGGAAUUUAUCAGAAACAUUUGGGGAUCUAGUGCAGGGGCAGGCAGCGGGGAUUUCCAUGUGUACAGAGGUGUGCGGCGGAGAGAAUAUGCCAGACAAAAGUUCAUUAAAGAAAUGGCUGAGAAGGAAGAACUGGACGAGGCCUACAAGAAACGUUUGGAGCAGCACAAGCUGGAGGCUGAGGAGAGGACAGCCAAGAAGAGAGCCAAGAGGUUAAAGAAAAAGCAGAAGAAUAAAGCAAAGAAAAUGAAGAAGACAGAUAACAAAAAGCCUGAUGGUGAUGAUGGGAGUGAUACCAGUGAUGAUGACAAUGAAGACAGUAAUAAAGAUGAUGAUGAAAGUCAUGCUGACCCAACAUCAGAUGAUGGUAGCGCACCUGCAUCAGACCAGCCAGGUUGUUGACUCUAGGAGUCAGUGACUCCAAGAACCAGUGACUUUAACAAACUGUGCAUCCAUCAGUCCAUUAUGUUUGACUCUAGGAGUCAGUGACUCCAAGAACCAGUGACUUUAACAAACUGUGCAUCCAUCAGUCCAUUAGGUUUGACUCUAGGAGUCAGUGACUCUAAGAACCAGUGACUUUAACAAACUGUGCAUCCAUCAGUCCAUUAGGUUUGACUCUAGGAGUCAGUGACUCUAAGAACCAGUGACUUUAACAAACUGUGCAUCCAUCAGUCCAUUAGGUUUGACUCUAGGAGUCAGUGACUCUAAGAACCAGUGACUUUAACAAACUGUGCAUCCAUCAGUCCAUUAGGUUUGACUCUAGGAGUCAGUGACUCUAAGAACCAGUGACUUUAACAAACUGUGCAUCCAUCAGUCCAUUAGGUUUGACUCUAGGAGUCAGUGACUCUAAGAACCAGUGACUUUAACAAACUGUGCAUCCAUCAGUCCAUUAGGUUUGACUCUAGGAGUCAGUGACUCUAAGAACCAGUGACUUUAACAAACUGUGCAUCCAUCAGUCCAUUAGGUUUGACUCUAGGAGUCAGGGACUUUGACAUGAGCAGCCAGAUUGUUUCAGCAGUCAUUAACUUAUGACUCCAACAGUCAGUGACUUGCGACUAACAGUCAGUGACUUGCGACUAACAGUCAGUGACUUGCGACUCCUGCAGUCAGUGACUUGUGACUCCUGCAGUCAGUGACUUGU